UGAGGAGGAGGAGGAGAACUCGCCGAUCGAGCAGGUGGCGCUGACGGUGCCCGUGGGCGACGACCCGGACACGCCCUUGCUCACCUUCCGGAUGUGGGUCCUCGGCAUGGCGUCCCGCGCGGUGCUCUCCUUCCUCAACCAGUUCUUCUGGUACCGCAAGGAGCCGCUCACCAUCACCGCCAUCUCGGCCCAGAUCGCCGUGGUGCCGCUCGGCCGCCUCAUGGCCGCGGCGCUCCCCGAGCGCGCCUUCUUCCGCGGCAGGCCGUACGAGUUCACCCUCAACCCGGGGCCGUUCAACGUGAAGGAGCACGUGCUCAUCACCAUCUUCGCCAACGCCGGCGCCGGCACCGUCUACGCCAUCCACGUCGUCACCGCCGUCCGCGUCUUCUACGGCAAGAACCUCACCUUCUUUGCCUCGCUCCUCGUGGUGCUCACCACCCAGGUGCUCGGGUUCGGGUGGGCGGGGAUUUUCCGGCGGUACCUGGUGGAGCCGGCGGCCAUGUGGUGGCCGUCCAACCUCGUGCAGGUCUCCCUCUUCAGGGCGCUCCACGAGAAGGAGGUGCGGAGCAAAGGCGGCUUCACGCGCAGCCAGUUCUUCCUGGUGGCCUUCGUCUGCAGCUUCGUCUACUACAUCUUCCCCGGCUACCUGUUCCAGAUGCUCACCUCCCUCUCAUGGAUCUGCUGGGUCUUCCCCAACUCCGUGUUGGCCCAGCAGCUCGGCUCGGGCCUCUACGGCCUCGGCAUCGGCUCCAUCGGCCUCGACUGGGCCUCUGUCUCGUCUUACCUCGGGAGCCCCCUCGCCAGCCCCUGGUUCGCCACCGCCAACGUCGCCGCAGGAUUCUUCAUCAUCAUGUACGUGAUCACGCCCAUGGCGUACCGGUUCAACUUGUACAAGGCGCGGAACUUUCCCAUCUUCUCUCAUGGGCUCUUCACCGAGUCCGGGCACAAGUACAACAUCACGAGCAUCGUGGACUCCCAGUUCCAUUUUGACACGGAGGCCUACCAGAAGAAUGGUCCACUGUACCUCAGCACUUUCUUUGCUGUCACGUAUGGUGUCCGGUUUGCAUCCCUUACCGCAACGAUCAUCCAUGUCCUCCUCUUCCAUGGAAGUGAAAUUAGGCAGUUAAGUAAAUCAGCUUUCCAAGAGAAGAGGGUGGAUGUACACACAAAGCUUAUGAGGAGAUAUAAGCAGGUCCCCGAGUGGUGGUUCAUCUGCAUCCUUAUUGUUAACAUUGCCGCCACCGUAUUUGCUUGUGAAUACCACAUCGAGCAACUGCAGCUGCCCUGGUGGGGUGUGCUGCUUGCAUGUGCCAUAGCCUUUUUCUUUACCCUCCCAGUUGGAAUUAUCACAGCAACUACGAACCAGACUCCAGGAUUGAACAUCAUCACAGAGUACAUCAUGGGGUACUUGUACCCUGGACGUCCGGUCGCAAAUAUGUGCUUCAAGGUAUAUGGCUACAUCAGCAUGAGCCAAGCUCUGACGUUUCUGCAAGAUUUUAAGUUGGGCCACUACAUGAAGAUUCCCCCAAGGACCAUGUUCAUGGCUCAGGUGGUGGGAACUCUGAUUGCGGCAUUUGUGUACCUUGGAACGGCAUGGUGGCUCAUGGACUCAAUCCCCAACAUCUGCGACACCGAGCUCCUCCCAGCCGGCAGCCCUUGGACCUGCCCUGACGAUCAUGUGUUCUACGGCGCAUCAGUCAUAUGGGGUCUUAUUAGCCCACGCAGAAUAUUCGGGGACUUGGGAACUUACUCAGCAGUGAACUGGUUCUUCUUGGGGGGAGCCAUUGCCCCACUCCUCGUCUGGUUUGCACACAAGGCAUUCCCAGGCCAGAACUGGAUCUUGCUUAUCAACAUGCCCGUGUUGAUUGGUUCCACCGGCCAGAUGCCACCCGCCACUGCAGUCAACUACAUCACAUGGAUAUUUGUUGGGUUUUUGUCAGGCUAUGUGGUCUAUAGAUACCGACGUGACUGGUGGGAGCGACACAAUUAUCUGCUUUCAGGUGCACUAGAUGCUGGUUUGGCAUUCAUGGCCGUGUUAAUUUACCUGUGCCUAGGCUUGGAGAACAUCAGUUUGAACUGGUGGGGCAAUGACUUGGAUGGAUGUCCCCUGGCUUCUUGCCCCACUGCUAAAGGUAUAUUUGUUGAGGGGUGCCCAGCAGUGUAUACGUGACCGUUCCCUCAUGUCUUUUUUUUAGGAUCCCUCAUGUCUGGUAGUCCCUGUUUGCCGAAAUUGGAAAGUGCCAACGAGCAUGCAGGGAUCAGUAAAUAAUACUCCCUCCGUUUCUAAAUAUAAGUCUUUCUAGUGGUUCCACUAGGUGGACUACAUACGGAGCAAAUUAAAUGAAUCUACACUUAAAAUACAUCUAUAUACAUCCGUAUGUGGUUCAUAGUGGAAUCUCUACAAAAAUUUAUAUUUAGGAACGGAGGGAGUAAAUGCUUGUUUUAAAACCAUUCAUUCAGAGAUGAGAAAUUGGUGUUAUUAUAUAUUUUCUUACUUCCUCUUUUUACGUAUGAAAUAAGACAAAAUUUACGAAACCUAAAAAUACGGUGCAUUGAAGUCAAAAUAGUGAAGAAUAACUAGGACGCCGAUAAGUGCCACACGUGUGGGCGUUAGGGGGGUCUGCCCAAACAUUUUGUGUGGAGUAUAAGAGGAACAGCCCACACACCUACGUGUGGGCAAAAUAAGUAAUGCCCACACACCUCUUUUUUUCCUCCCGAUCCCUCUCACACGCGUGCGUGUGGGCGAAAUAGAUAACACCCACACGCUCCAUACGUCAGGCCUCUUACCUCGUGGUCCCGCACGCCCCGCGUGACAGUCAC